AUGGUUAAGAGUUGCAGAAGUACGUUGCUAUAUCCAUUACUUUUCUCUUAGAAAACAAAAGCAAGCGCAUAACGUGCCAUAAAAGAUAUAAGAUAAUUAAAAAGGUGUGUAUGCUUCUGUUGAUUCUUAUUCUGAAGGUCCGCGAACAUCAUCGGAAAGUCAGGCGUGAGCAGCGAAAUAACCCUCAGAAAUUCAGACGUUCGUUAGCAUAUUUUAUUUACCAAAUUUAAGGCAAAGACCCUGGGAUUCCAAACAGUUUGCCUUUCAAAGAGGAGAUUUUAAAACAUGUCAUUGAGACGAAGGAGGUAUCAAAACGUUAUUUGUGCCUAUCCUCUUAGCGCGAGGCUCAACGCCGCAUUGAGUUAAUGAAACGUGCCAGAAGCUUACAAUCAACCAAACCCGAGCCUCGAAAGAAAACACCGACUGAGCACGAUUUUACCAAACAGUUUACUAGUGUAGUGAGUCGCGCUGACGUCAUCUUGGAAGUCCUUGAUGCCAGGGAUCCCCUUGGGUCUCGAUGCCUUGAGGCGGAGAGACAAAUAUUGGCUGCCGGAAAAAAAUUGGUCCUUCUUCUUAACAAAAUAGGUUUGCACAUCAUUUUAUUGUAUUUCAGAUCUUAUUCCACAAACCGUUUUGCAGCAGUGGCUUUCCUACUUCCGAAAGUGGUAUACCGUGAUGCCUUUUAAGGCCAAUAUACAGAAGCAAUCCACAAAUCUAAGUAUCGUCAAGGGCAAAAUUCCGAACCGUUCUGAUCUUUCCUUAAAACAGUAAAUCAUGCUGAUGUCUAACUCCGAAAUUAGAGGACUCGGUGUUGAUGGACUUAUGUCUCUUCUUGCAAAUAUCAGCAGAAGUAGCGCAGGGAAACUUACAGUUGGAGUGAUUGGCAUUCCUAACACAGGCAAAAGUGCUGUUAUUAAUACUUUGAUCCGCCGGCGGGUUGCGCCCAGUAGUUGUGUGCCCGGGCUCACAAAGUAGGUCGAGGUGCUCAUUCACACUUUUUAGGGAUUGCCAGUUAUUCAAACUUGACAGCAAAGUCAAACUGAUUGAUUCUCCUGGAAUAGUGUUGUCAAAGUCAGAGGACCCAGCUGAGCUUGCACUCCGCAACUGUACAAAGGUAUUCUUUGCAAAAGAAGAGCUUUUAAAAAUUUUAAAUUGUUUUAUAAACAAACCGUUUUUCACUUCAGCCUGAGGCGCUUCUCGAGCCUGAGCAAGCAGUUUCAGCAAUCCUCCAGAGAUGUCCUAAACGGCAGAUAAUAGUACAGUAUUCCAUUGGCGAUUUUGCAAGCACCACGGACUUCCUGUGUCAGCUCGCCCAGCGAAUGGGCAAGUUAAAGAAAGGUGGUGUCCCUGAUUCCAAAGGCGCGGCGCGGAUAAUUAUCUCGGACUGGAUUACGUAACCAUCAAGUUUAUUUGUAUUUGAGUGUUUAAGAUCUAUUUCCCAUUUCGGCUCUGAGAGCCCGUAAGCUGUGUGCAAUAAUUCGCUAUUCUGUUGUCUUUUAACUGAAUGCGGAGAAUCACAUAUCUCGCUUUCCAACGUAACACUAGCCGAGUUCCCCCCUCAUCACACAUGCAUUAAAUAGUUCACAAUUUAUGCUUAGAUUGUGUCAGUUUUAGGUGAUUAGGACUGUUUAUUAUUCAACACAGUCCUUUCUGUUAAACGUGCUUGUGCAUAAAGUGCAGAAUCCCGUGUGUGACCUCAAAUAGUGCAUUAUAUGGGAGGAUUCCCGCUCCCAAAGCCUGCUCUAGGCCGAGGUUAAGUAUCUUUUGGGCAAACAGACGGCCUUUGACUUACUGCCAGAUUGCCUGUGAUUGGCGUUCGUUUACAUGCAUAACCUAUUCAAAAGCUGCAUGCUGAAUGAAAGUUCUAUGAGCCAACCUCUUUUGGUCCGUUAUUUAGCAGUUUGUUUAUCGUCUGGAAGAAUGCAUGACCUCUACAGUCAUGCAAAGACAACCUUUUUCGGAUUUUUCUUAGCCAUUUAUACAAAAUUACACGUAAUAAUAAAUAAGUUGAAAGUUUAUCUUCCGUCGUCAAAAGGACGCGGGAGUUGCCCCGUUUUGUAAAUACGUAUGCUUUGGUGACGUUAAAGAGGUCGACUAUAACUAUGCCAAGAAACUGACGCCUAUUGCCUGCAUCCACGCGCUGUGCCGACUAACGGAUACAUACCUAAUUAGUUGGGUUCCAGAAAUGUGGGCGCAUGACUGCAUGGCUUACGAUAUUUUGCUUACUCUAUGAUGUCUGGUAGUCGAUUUUUUCGUACUUCCGCCAGUGGACCAGACACAGUGUGUGGUUUCCCAUUCGUUCCCUACUGGUUUUUGCGUACUCAACGAUCCAGAUGCUUGUCCACAAAAACGCGGGUCACGUUACCAGAGGUUUCCUUUUGAGUAACGGUUGCCAGCUUGUGGACGGGAGUCGUUUAGCUCUUUCGCCCAACCUUGAUAUGCUGUCCAGAUCUCCGCACCUUUCAGAACUGUCAAGAUCGGAGCGCUCCACAUUCGGGACAUGGUUUGGAACGCGCCAUAUCGUUUUUGUGCGGUUUAUCGAGACGUCGAAGUCCACGGUGAACGGGCAAGGCACGCCAGCUACCCUUAUUUGGUUCAUCCAGUCCGUGGAAGCGGUUCUAGUGUUUUGGCCACAAGUGAGGGCUCUGUGUUGUGUGCUGAUAGUGCGGGAUGACGACUUCAUGCAGUGGCGCGCUCGGUUUGACUACCAAGGUACGGAAUGCAUUCCUUUCCUUGGACUCAUCAUGUAUACGGCCACGGGCGAUGAACAUCCUCUAUUGAAUGCCUGAAGUCCAGUUGUCCGAGUUCACCAAAUGAAUAAUCAGUGUCAGGAUGCGGCAGUAGUUGUUAUGAGUCCAGCCGACAUGGCGCCGCGCUUGCGCUAUACUAAAGGGUCAAGGCGUUAUCCGCACUGCUUCUCGCCUCCCCCGUUGCCUGGAAGUAGAUUAGAGAUGCACUCAUUAUAACAGGUCCAGUCACUGCCUGCCUCACCACUUAUUGUGGAUGACGAUGGAAAAAACGACCCCCACGGGAUUCAGUUGCCUAGCCCCAAACCGCCGACAAAGCUGUCCCCCACAAUGGUGAUCGACACUGCAAACAGUAAGUCGGUCGUAGUGAAAACAGAACCUGUGCAUCAGAAUGAAUGCCUGUUGAGCUGCUAUGCAGAUGGCGAAAGGUCUGCCACAUCGACUGGCUAUAUAACUGUGCUGAAGCAGUGGGCAGCAGCUGUCCAAGACCUUCGUUUCAUCAAGCCGAGAUGGUUAGUGACUGCGUUAGCACUUUAGAGCUUUCAUGGAGGCCACUGACUCAGGGCUGGGUGUGUGAAAGCUUCGAUGCAAUGAUCCAGUCAAUCUCCUUCUCCAUUACGCCAUCUUGCCUUGCUGAUAGAAGCGAACAGGCGAGUUCUAGGAAGCAGUUCAGAAGACGAAGAUGCGAUCACUGGAACAAGGGAUCCAGUGCUUCCAGUGGCCGCAUCUUCGUCUUCAUCUUGCCUUGUUUAGAUGGGUCGUAUUUAGGAGCUCUGUCAUUGGAGCAUUGCUGAGGUUGCGUUGACCAAAUAUUUACCCAGCGUCGACAUGUUCGACCAAUUUAGCCUGCUCGACAGGAGCAAGUAAAGAGGGAAAUGCAUAGAAUUUGCCCGAACCAACAGUCACUCGUAGUUGUGAUGGCAGUGAUUAUUACGGGCUCGGUAUGCCGCAUGUUGCAGGUUCAGUAGGUCACCUAUGAUUGUCCACCGCUGAAACCCUUCAACAACAGACUCCUGAGGGAAGUUGGGUUGGUUCGCAUGCUACUUUUCGAACCAUAGACUUCAAUACUGGAGGUGUAUUCGAGGCCAACUUUGACUACGAACAUUCACACCGUUGCCGUCUAGGGUGACGUGACGACAUUCGGAACGCUCUUACCUUCAUGCGAGGACAGCCCACAACGGAGUCACCUCAGUUGGUGUUUUGGGAGAGUGACAGCGGUGUUUUUUCCUUGACCGGCCUUAUAACCAUCAAUUAGAUGCGUCAUCAAAGACGUAGUCGGAAAACCGAGCGCAAAUACGUUUAUAAAAUGCACUCACAUGAUGGUUAUCUUAAUCUGCAAGGCAAGUUCCAUCCCUAGAACAGGACUGUUCCUUGCGCUCGUUAGUAUAUCUUUUGACCGACUUCAUACUGAUUACAGAAAUUUUGACCGAAAUUUUGGCCCAACUUGACACGAGUUAUAUAUUGCGUCCUACAUUGUCAGGCCGAGCCCUCCCGACACUUCCCCUGGUAAGGUGAUUAAGUGGACUUCAACUCCCUUGAAAGAUCGUUUUUGACUCUCCUCUUGCAAGCAGAAUCGUCCAGAGUUUCCCUCAAAGUUGAUUCGCUGCGUGUCUUAUCUUCGAAACUUUCUUAUCCACUCUAGCGGAUAGUGUUGUCGUACUCGCCAUAUUGUCGGAACCGGAGCCCCCGACCUGUCAACACUUCCCUGUUGUUGGCUAUCGUUUAAUGUAUGAUUAGAGAAACUAAUUAUUGUCAUUAUGAUUUGAUCGGGUACUCUGCCGUCCAAUUUUGUCGAGUUAUGCUUUUGAUUCGGUUUCUGCACUAGUUAUCUUUUAAAGAUGUCUCUUGUCUGCCGUGUCAUGAAUUUCACCCAGAUGCACAAAGUUUCAUCACCUUUCCCCCCCGGAUGUCCUUUUUAGAGGCAAACUUUCCCACUACACUCUUCCACCUGAGAGUGGUGCCCCGAUUGCCGAGCCUUCCUUGCCAGGUGCCAUCGCAAUCGAUCCGGUCGAUUUUCCACUACAAGAACACGAUGAACAGGUCUUUGCUGGUCAGUGGCUUUGCCAUUGUUACCUGUUCCCCAUCCUAUCCGUGUUGAUCUUAAAAUAGAGUUAGGCAUUCCAGCAGAGCUAGCCCGAUUCUCCCAGCCGCAUUUUGUGAGUCUGCGAUAUAAUACACACUUAAUGUCCACAAUGUCAGCAAGACAAAGAAUAAAUGCACCUCCACGACAGUAUCUUCGAAAAUCAACCACGUAAAACCGUACUUUUGCAAAAAGACCUUGAAGUAUUCGUCAAGUACGACUUAAGCGUAGCAACUCAUUAUUCCAAAGUCGCAGCGCAGGCAAUUUUAACUAUGAUUGCGGUAUGCAGAAAGUUUUCAAACCUAAAUGCCGAUAUCUUUAGUAGGGUAUAUGGAACGUUUGUGCGACCUCACCUGAAAUAUGCGGUACAGGCUCGGCGGCCGUGGGUUCCGAGGGAGAAGUAUUCUUGAAGGUAUACAACGACUUGAUACGAGGGUUGUUCUUGGACUCAAAAAUUUGGCGUACGAGCAGCGCCUAACGACCUUAAACCCCUACCCCCUCCACGAUAGACAGGACGACGGUCGCCUUAUAGCAACGUUUCAACUGCUAGGGGAACUUGAUUUUGUUGUGAAGUGAGAAAAUAGCACCGAAGACGAAUCUCAGACGGCACGAUUUCCAGUUUAAAAAGGGACUGUAUUACACCAAUCAACACAUCUUUUUCUCUCAGUCUUUCGCCACUGAAGUUCCUUACCGACCUAUGCCGACCAGUUUGUUUGAGAGGCGCCUGGAUGCUGAACUGUUGCAACUAUAACUAUACUGCUGACUCGAUUUAAAUAACUCGUUUUGUUUACGCUACAUUGGUUCUGCUGAUCAUACUGUGUGGAAAUGCUAUGAAUGUGUUGUUCGCUGUUAUUUCACAAAUUCCCCACCCUCUUAAGAAUUCGAAUUCACUAUUAGUCUUAUGCAUUUCGCGUACUAAAUUUGCCUGUAAAAGAUUUUCAAUUUAGCGGUUUUUAAUGGAGGCCUGUACCGUUUAAAUGCAGUUUUCUAGGGCUUCUGCGAUUUACUCCAAAUUAUCUUAUUGGUUGAAUGACUGACACACUGAUUGAUUGACGACUGCCAAGUCGGCUGUUUCUGGUAACACUCCAAAUGCCACAAUAUACCAUGAAGCAUAUGGGAAACAGCAAAAGAGCGUGCCACAGAUCCUCCUCAAAAGUUGAGCAUCUGUUCCCUAGCCGACUGCAAAGUGAACAUCGUUCUGACAUCUGCGACUGGAAAAAUAAAAUCAGCCUCCUUGAUUAUUCCACGCUCAGGAAAUGUGAAAUUUGAGCAGAGCCGUUAAUCAUGUACUGGCGAAAUGUCACCCCUAUCAUGACCACAACUAUUGUGUGCGCGAGCCCACCGCUAAUCCUCGAAAUUUUAAAGACGUGCAAACAUCAGCGUCACUGUCAACAAUCAAAUGCAUUAAGUUAGGCUUCGUGCCGUAGCUCACCCUAACUUUACUUGAGGGUGCCUAGCGCGAAACAGCCAGCUUCAUUCUCGGUGAUCUUUGGUCGUCAUGUUUCGGGGGUUGCUACCGAGGACUGGGGUCUUACUUGAGGUCUGAUUUUACCACAUUCGUUUAACCUCUCAUUUUGCCGCUAAGGCUUCGGCUCAAUUUCUGACAGAAUUUGAGGUGAUAAUUGUUGUGGGCUGGAGAGUGGACCAGAAAGCAAAGUCUAAACAACCGCUUGUGUAUUUGUUUAGCGCCAGUCGAGCACAAGCUGUGCUCGAGAAUACUUCGGUUCAAACAAAGGGUCCCUUUUUAUUUCCCUGAUUGGCACAGACAGAUAGAGGCGCGCGCACCUGCAUAUGGCUCAUUAGUGCUAGACAAGUUCCUCAUGCCGAUUAAUCUGACCGAACUAUAUCCGACGACGGUUUUUCAGCCUAGUUGACCGCAGGUGCUGACGAUCGGCGGUGAAUUUCCGUGUUGAAGCAUGGUCCUUGAAGUCACCGCAUUCUUCGAAGACACUAGUUUAAAAUCGACUUUUCCGACCUGUGAACAGUCACGCCUGACUGUGACACCCGAGCAUGGUCUAGGACUCAGGAGUCCGCUUAUUUAAACCUUAGUUUAUGCUUAAGGUCACUCCGAUCUCCGCUACCCGUGGACGCGCAGAACAUCCCAUGGAUGGGUUAUUUUAAUUUCUUCGUGGUCCUAACAUAUAAAGCCGCCCGAAUAAUCUUGAUGGUGUCAGCCUCUGCGCUACAAAUGUUAAUGCUUCUACGCUGUUCAGUUUGUCCAAGAAAUGAGUCGAGAUGAAGGGGACUGACUUGUUAGUCCGUAUAAUUUGUGAUUCUGGUUACGAUUUCCUACAUAAAUGGAGCACAUAAUCCGCGGUCACCGUAGGCGUUUACUAUUCUGGGAUCGACUUUGCUGGCUCAAGUUAGAAGCCCAACGACGGUGACUGUAGGGCGCCUAGUGCUACAGGAUUACCUACUCACUUUGUUAAUGAUCGUGGCUAGUUCAAAUAUAUUAUCGCGGCUAUAGCAAACUGCGGCCGGCAUAUUUAUGACUUCAUCGAGUCUAAACAAAUUAGUGGUGUCUCGGCAGAUCCAACUUAACAAUAUAAUGUGUUUACAGGCUGGCUUGCCACCAGUGACCUGAACAGAACUUCGGAGACAAAUUUGAUCCGACAGUACUGGUGGUCCGGCUAAAUUACUAUAUAAGCCCAUUCCUAUCAAAAAAGACGUUGAUUCCGCCGGAUAUUUCCAGCUACUUGAGCUAUCCUUUUGAAACAAUUUCUUUCCUUAUGAACCCAUCUGCCAAAUCCAGUCAUCUGUAUAUGUCUUCAUUCGCAUAUUUUAUCUGGCUGACAAACUUCCUUCUUCUAGCCAUGCCAAUGAAAGCAGACAGCGACUUCUGCCCUCCUGCUGUUCUUCCAGCCUCGCAGCCGUUCGAAACUUUUUCCAACGAAGCUUCACACGAAGAUGCUCUUGCUAACGAUGCCGAUGAUAUGUCUGACGAAAAUGAAGAGGAAGUUGUUGAAGAUGAGGAAUUCGAGUCAGCUGAAGAAGAUUUGCCUAUGGAAACUGAGUGA